CGAGGACUCGAGCAAAAAGCACCUUCUCAUCAGUGACGUCAUCUCGAGUACUUUGGACCCGAAACCAGAGGGUGUUUUGCCAGAAAAUGUCACGAUUAUCCUGGAACACACCAACAUGUCGCAGCCAUCCAGCUAUAAACCGAAAUGUGUUUUCUGGAAGUUUAAAGUUGAUAAUCAAUUCAAUGGUACAUGGUCUUCGUCUGGCUGUACUGUUAAAGAAUCCAACAACAACCGAACCGUGUGUUCAUGUAAUCACAUGACAAGCUUCGCUUUACUCAUGCAAGUUGAUGAACAAAAAACUGAUAGCGAGUACAGAUUAGCCAUGAAGUACAUAACGUAUAUUGGUUGUAGUUUCUCACUUCUUGGCGAAGCACUCACUGUACUUGCCUAUGUACUACUCAUGAACAUGAAACACGAGCAGGCGCAGAUCAGAGUAAACCUUGCUGUUUCACUUGCUGUUGCUCAGAUCUUCUUUCUGUCUGGUAUCACGGCUACAGAAAACCAGGGUGUCUGUACAUUUGUUGCCGUCAUGAUUCACUUCUUCUACCUCGUGGCGUUCGGUUGGAUGAUGCUUGAAGGAGUCUACCUUUAUCUCAUGGUUGUCAAGGUUUUCAACACCAUCAUCAAGAUGAAGCUGUACUACCUGUUUGCCUGGGGUUAUCCGGUAGUUAUUGUGGCAGUUUCUCUCAUCAUAGCCUCCACCCUUGAAGAUGGCAUCAACAGCUACACUCGCGACAAUUUUUGCUGGGUUUCGUUUUCUAAUGAUUUGAUUUGGACAUUCGUGGCUCCGGUGCUCAUCAUCAUUUUUGUCAACAUGUUUGUUCUCAUUCGUGUUGUACGAGAGCUAACAAGACUAAACAAGUCGAAGUCAGAAGCAGGCUCAAAAUCUUUCAAACAAGGUACAAAGGCGUGUGUAGUACUGUUUCCUCUACUUGGUUUAACGUGGUUGUUCGGUCUCCUGACAGUCACAGACGCGGGACUUGCUUUUCAGUACAUCUUCACUAUACUAAACUCCUUCCAGGGUUUUCUGAUCUUCAUUUUGCAUGUGCUAAGAAACGGUGAAAUCCAAAGCGCGUUCAGAAGAAAAAUACRGCGUUGGGAGACCACAAGAGGAACAAACUUCUCCUCAAAAUCUGGUGUUGACCAUUCAGUCGCCUCGAGCACAGACAAGAAACCUCUGAAACAGUUUGCAAGCGCCGAGAGCCUUCAAGACAACCUUGUAAGGAACAACCGAGUACUUCCUGUCAUGGUGAAAUGAGAAGGAAAAAAUUGCUGGGUUUCAACUGACGUCAUUUCCUGACUCCAUUUCAACAGCUAAAUCGCAACUUAACGAUAGCGUUCUUUCUGUUUGACAGCACAUGGCCUUCAGUGUUUGACCACCAUUUGGAGCUAGUCAGAUGAGAUUUGAAGACUUUUUUCAGCUGAUUGAAACCCAGUAAUUCAUCUGGUAGUAACAGUACAUGUAUUACAACACAACUCUGCCAUUCUUGAGGAAUUAGCACUAGAUAAAGUUAAGGUGGACGAGGAAUCGAUUAUUAAAUCCACUACGUCCACGACUGCUGACUUGACUUACUGCAUCUCAUGCACUCAGAUUUACUCCCACAAUGCUUUGAGCCACACAAAAUCUUGCACCUUAUUAUCAUAAUGACGUCACGGAUAGCCCUACUAUAUGGAAAUGUUUUUGUGCUGUUUUCUUUGCUAGUAAAGGUGCUGACACACGGUGCAACAUUGCACGCAACAUUGAAAGCAACAAAUUUGAUUCGGGGUGACACACAUUGCAACAAAAUCACACAACAUCGCUUGUGUCAGCCUGCUAUAUUAAGAUAUUUGGUCAGCAGUUAAAAAUUUGGUGCAAGCUGAUUGGGGUAGACACACGUUGCAACAGUCAUGUUGCAUGCAAUGUUGCACCGUGUGUCAGCACCUUAACGGUUUCAGUUGAUUUCAACGACGCCAUGUUGGCUGACCUAACAAGUUGUAGUCAACCAACAUAGCGGCUAUGACGUCACAUGACCUCAAGAAUAUGAGUAGGACACGACUACAUCUGCUUUGAGGAUUCUUUCGCCAGAUAUGAGUGUGUAGCUCAAAGCAGAUUAUUUAUUACGAUUAUCGUUUUCUUUUCUUUUCUUGCACUCCAGGCAUACCUAUGUAUAUAUCAUACGUUUUUGUACAUUACUUUAAAAUAAGGUUUAACUAUAGGUAUUAACGUACAUA